AUGAGAUGUGGCGAAGAAGGUAAAUUGCACAUAUUAACAGAAAUUGAAGAAAUAAAAGUGAUAAAAACAACAUGCUCAAAAUGUAAUAAUGAUAAUGAUAAAGAAAGCACUUAUAAUUUUUCACACAUACAAGAUUUAUGUCCUGUCGAUAGGAAACGAAUAUCAUUAUUAAUCAAACAUUUGGCAAAAUGCACUCGUGAAAUGCACGAAGUAAAAUCUGAUUUAGCUGUGAGUGAAUCUGAAAAAAAAGCAUUACUAGAAGAAUAUCAAAUAUUUCUUAAUCGUCACAACUGUGAAAAGAAACAAUUAGAAUAUAAACUUUCCGAAGCAAAAACGAAAGGAACAAGUUUAAGAAUUCAAAUUAUACAAGCGCUUGAAUUGUUAACGUGUCAAUUGAUGGCACAAGAAAAACAAUUUAUGAGUUUAGUUGAAAAUGUUAGAGAUCUUUUAUGUGAGAAAAUAAUUAUUCAUGAGAUUAUUAGUCAAAAAGAAAUAGAGAAAAGUAAUCUUAUUGCAAAAAUUCAAAGAUUGAAAGAAUCUCUUAGAUUAGAGAAAUUAAUGCAUUCCAGAGAUUUAGCUCAAAAUUUUCUUAAAAAUAAAAUGGUUGAUAAAGCAUCUCAAACAACUGAUGAUCUUCAUUCGUAUACAACAAAAUAUGACAUUAGAAGAUAUAAUAUCGAACCGAAUCUUAAACGUUCUCAAGAAAUAAAAACUAAGAGUAAAAGUGAUUUGGAUGAACCUACUAGCGAUGGAACACUGAUGCGUGAUUUAUUUUUUAGAGUACCAAAUAUUGAAGAUAAUGAAAGUUUAUAUAUGAUGCCAACAUUAUCGAAAGAAUUUAAUCAGAUUAAGCCUUCCACUUCUUUUAUAUUCAAUUAAAUAUAUAUAUAUAUAUA